AUGAUAUCUACUAACUUAGACUGGGUGGUUAUCUUCCUCAUUCAGAUGAAAAUUGGGAUCCUGGGAAAUGCUUCACUUCUUUGUUUUUAUACCUUCACUUUAAUUACAGGACAGAAUCUCAGACCCACAGACCAAAUUCUCAACCAGCUGGUCUUAGCUAACUGCUUAGCUCUUGUCUCCAAAGGGAUCCCUCAGGAAAUGGCAGCUUUCGGGUUAGAAUAUUUCCUAGAUGGUACAGGAUGUAAGCUCAUCUACUAUUUACACAGAGUGAGCAGAGGAGUUUCUCUUAGCACCACCUGCCUCCUCGGUGGCUUCCAGGCUGUUAAUAUUUGCUCCAGAAGUUCUUGGUGGCGGGAGCUCAGAAUUAGAAUUCCAAGCUGCAUUGGCCUCUGUUGCUCCUUCUGCUGGAUCCUGAAUCUCCUGGUAAAUAUUCAUGUUGCUAUCAGGGUGAAGGGCCCAGUGACUCACAAAAAUAGGAGCCUGGAAAACAUGCCUAAAUUUUCUUGUUCUAAGACCACUACAGACAAACUUUCAAGCUCACUGAUUGCAGGCAUGAUAUUUUUUGUUGACUAUAUACUUUUGGGUCUCAUGGUCUGGGCCAGUGGCUCCAUGGUCUUUGUCCUGUACAGACAUAAGCAACGAGUCCAACACAUUCAUAGCAAGAGCCAAUCCCACCAACCUUCUCAUGAGGCCAGGGCCACAUGUACCAUCCUAAUCCUGGUGAGCUCCUUUGUCUUAUUUUACUCUCUCUCCUCUGUGUUGACUCUCCAUGUGGCCCUAAGUGUGAUUCCAGCACAGUGGCUGUUGAACACCUCUGUGUUUGUGGCUUUGUGUUUCCCAACUCUCAGUCCCGUUGUGCUCAUCACUCGUGACCCUCGUGUCUCUAAGUUGUGGCUGGCUUGCUGGUCAAGAUGUUUUUUCCUUAAUGCUGAAUGA